AUGGUUUAUCUCCAAGUUGUCCAUCGGCCCAUGGGCACUCGCAAACAUCUAGUGCCCAAGGAACUUGAUAUCCGCCCUGUGAAGGAAUCUGAGCUGGUUUACUUGCAGAGUUCCCCUGAUUUCUGCAUGAAGAACGAGAAAGUGGGCUCCUACGGGACGCAGGACAGGCAGUGUAACAAAACGUCCAAUGGAAGCGACAGUUGUGACUUGAUGUGCUGCGGCCGCGGCUACAAUCCUUACAUGGACAAGGUGGUGGAGAGAUGCCACUGCAAGUAUCACUGGUGCUGCUACGUUACCUGCAAGAAGUGUGAGCGGACUGUCGAGAGGUACGUGUGCAAAUGAAGCCUUGCCCACGCCUCUCCGCUGCUUCCCAGUGUGCCAAAGGGAGACGCUGCGCCACCUUUCCCCCCCCCCCCAUGGGACUCUCAAAGAAGGCAGAGGGAAACAAACAAACUUCCUUGCAAGGAAAUCUGGGCUUAAUCCAAAGAAACCAGUCCUUAUCUUCAGCCAGCAGAGAUUGCAUCCUUCGACGAUCUUUUCGAACAGUCGCUCAUCGACGACCACGCCGGCUGGCGAAACUCUUGGAAAGAAAGGACUUUGAACUGGAUCAAGGCGGCACUAUCCUUGCGAGAGAAAUCUCGUUCACGGAGACGAAGAAUCGUGCGUUUGAUCUUGGCCACCCACCUUCGCCAUUUGGGAUCUCUCGGACUGUUCGUGGUCUCGCGGGUUAUAAGUUGUU